GCGCUGGUUGAGGGCGCGGUUACGUCACCUCCCCGGCGCUGGUUGAGGGCGAGGUGACGGCUGGGAAACGGGAGCUCGCUUGCUCGCCGGUUUCAUGGCGGCCAUGUCGGAUCGGAAGUGAAGUGAAGGAGACAAGCGAGAGCUGAAGGAAAAAUUACAGUAACCGGCCGCCAGGAACGGAAACCGCUUUCCCAUAGUUGGGAGAGAAGGACCAGCCAUCGAUAACGAGUGCGAAAGAAGCGGCGUUGGGGGGGAAAGUUUCGAUAUUUCGGAUGGUUUAACAUUUCCCCCCCCAAUACAAUAUAAAAGGGACAAUGGCGGAUCCGGCGGAGUGCAGCAUAAAAGUGAUGUGUCGAUUCAGGCCGCUGAAUGGUUCGGAAGUCCAACGCGGUGAUAAAUGUAUCUGCAAAUUUCAUGGGGAAGAAACGGUGGCGGUCGGGGGCAAAUCCUACAUGUAUGACCAUGUUUUUCCAUCAAAUUCAACGCAAGAGCAAGUAUACAAUGCCUGUGCAAAAAAUAUUGUCAAAGAUGUACUUGAUGGAUAUAAUGGUACAAUAUUUGCCUAUGGGCAAACGGCCUCUGGUAAAACUCACACAAUGGAGGGAACACUUCAUGAUUCUGAUUGUAUGGGAAUAAUUCCCAGAAUAGCCCAAGAUAUUUUUAAUUAUAUUUACUCCAUGGAUGAAAAUUUGGAAUUCCACAUCAAGGUUUCAUAUUUUGAAAUUUAUUUGGACAAGAUUAGGGAUCUUUUGGAUGUAUCCAAGACCAAUCUCUCUGUCCAUGAAGAUAAAAAUAGAGUACCUUAUGUGAAGGGUUGCACCGAACGUUUUGUUUGCAGUCCCGAAGAGGUCAUGGAUACAAUUGAUGAAGGAAAAUCCAACAGACAUGUAGCAGUUACAAAUAUGAAUGAACACAGCUCGCGUAGCCACAGUAUCUUUCAAAUUAAUGUCAAACAAGAAAACACUGCAACAGAACAGAAGCUAAGUGGCAAGCUUUACCUGGUUGACUUGGCAGGUAGUGAGAAGGUUAGUAAAACAGGAGCAGAAGGUGCAGUUUUAGAUGAAGCCAAGAAUAUCAACAAGUCUUUGUCAGCAUUGGGGAAUGUCAUUGCUUCUCUAGCAGAUUCAAGUGGAUAUGUACCGUACCGUGACAGCAAAAUGACAAGGAUUUUGCAGGAUUCACUGGGUGGUAACUGUCGAACUACAAUAGUUAUUUGCUGCUCUCCAUCAACCUAUAAUGAAGCAGAGACGAAAAGCACAUUGAUGUUUGGUCAAAGAGCCAAGACCAUUAAGAACACUGUGACAGUUAAUGUUGAGCUAACAGCAGAACAAUGGAAGAAAAAAUACGAGAGAGAAAAAGACAGGAACAAAACCUUGAGAAAUACUAUACAGUGGCUUGAAAAUGAGCUCAAUAGGUGGCGCAAAGGUGAGACUGUACCUAUGGAAGAACAGUAUGACAAAGAGAAAAACAAAGAAGCACUUGAGAUUGUUCUCACAAAUGACAAAAUAGAUGAAACUCCCACUGUCAAACUCACUGAUGCAGAAAAACUGAAGAUGGAUUCAGAUAUUUCCAAACUGUUCAAGCAGCUUGAUGAUAAGGAUGAGGAGAUCAACCAGCAGAGCCAGUUGGUAGAAAAACUUAAACAUCAAAUGUUGGACCAGGAAGAACUUCUGACAUCCACCAGACGAGAUCAAGAUAACAUGCAAUCAGAGCUGAAUCGCCUGCAGGCUGAGAAUGAUGCCUCCAAAGAGGAAGUGAAGGAGGUGUUGCAAGCUUUGGAAGAACUUGCAGUGAACUACGACCAGAAAUCACAAGAAGUUGAGGACAAGACGAGAGAAUUUGAGUUAUUAAGUGAUGAACUGGGUCAAAAAUCGGCUACGUUGACAUCAAUUGAUGCAGAGUUGCAAAAACUGAAGGAAAUGACCAAUCACCAAAAGAAACGAGUGACUGAAAUGAUGACUUCAUUGUUAAAGGAUCUUGCAGAAAUUGGAAUUGCAGUUGGAAACAAUGAUGUUAAGCCUGAAGGAAGUGGCCUCCUGGAUGAAGAAUUUACAGUGGCACGGUUGUACAUUAGUAAAAUGAAAUCUGAAGUGAAGACCAUGGUAAAACGCUGCAAGCAGUUGGAGGGUACGCAGGUCGAGAGUAACCAGAAAUUAGAAGAGAAUGAAAAGGAACUGGCAGCUUGUCAACUUCGUAUCUCCCAGCACGAGGCAAAGAUCAAGUCGCUCACUGAAUACUUGCAAAAUGUUGAGCACAAAAAGAGGUAUCUGGAAGAGUCUGUUGAUUCAUUGAAUGAAGAUUUGGUGAAGCUUCAAGCGCAAGAAAAAGUACAUGAAAUGGAAAAGGAGCACUUGAACAAAGUACAGACUGCAAAUGAAGUGAAGCAAGCUGUAGAGCAGCAAAUGCAGAGCCACCGUGAGACUCACCAAAAACAGAUCAGCAGUUUACGGGAUGAGAUCGAAAAGAAGGAGAAACUUAUCACUGACCUUCAAGAUCAAAAUCAGAAAAUGAUGCUGGAGCAGGAACGGCUACAAGUAGAGCAUGAAAAGCUAAAAAGUGUGGAUCAGGAGAAAAGUCGUAAAUUACAUGAAUUAACCAUUAUGCAGGAUCGGCGAGAGCAAGCUAGGCAGGACCUCAAAGGACUUGAAGAGACUGUGGCAAAAGAGCUCCAGACACUCCAUAAUCUUAGGAAGCUUUUUGUUCAAGACUUGGCCACGAGAGUCAAAAAGAGUGCUGAAAUGGAUUCUGACGAUACUGGUGGGAGCGCUGCACAGAAGCAAAAGAUCUCCUUUCUUGAAAACAACCUUGAACAGCUCACCAAGGUUCACAAACAGUUGGUACGAGACAAUGCAGACCUUCGAUGUGAGCUUCCCAAACUGGAGAAACGCCUCCGAGCUACAGCUGAAAGGGUCAAGGCUUUGGAGUCCGCAUUGAAGGAAGCGAAGGAGAAUGCAGCUCGAGAUCGUAAACGCUACCAGCAGGAAGUGGAUCGCAUCAAGGAAGCUGUGCGAGCAAAGAACAUGGCAAGGAGAGUGCACUCCGCACAGAUUGCUAAGCCCAUUCGUCCUGGUCAACCCCCAAUGGCAUCACCAACUCAUCCAAGUGCAAUUCGUGGGGGCGGUGGAUUCUUCCAGAACAGCCAAGCGGUCGCUGUACGUGGAGGUGGUGGAGGUGUAAAAUCAGAUAAGUUUGUCCCUGGAGGGGUGCCUAAUAAUGCUGAAAUUGGAGAUAUUGGGUUCUUGCCUACAUCUGUUAAAGAUGACCCGCGAGAUAUAAAUGAUAAUAGGUGAAUAUUUUUUUGAUUU